AUGUCUCCCGUUGCCCUUUCAUCCCAUCUCGUGCCAGCUUGGUGCGUCGUGGGGAUCGGCAUGCACUUGGGCACGCUUGCCUUGAUGCCUCUCGCUACCGAGGCUUUCCUCCAUUUCAUUCUCCGUCACACAAUGCACGCCGUUCUCAAAAUCGUGACGGUAUAUUUGCUGACAAGACGAAACCGAUGGUGCCCAGCAGAGCAUAGCCGCAUUAUGUUGCCGGACACUGUAUCUUCGCUGUUUCCGGACCGGCCCAUUCGGCCGCUGCCCAGUCGCCGACUUCGAGAACAACUGUCCCCAGAAGUUGCCGACUCGAUCAAAUACCCCGCCUCGACGCUCGACAAGGCCCCCCUCUUCUACUAUCCGCCCUAUACCAUCAAGGCGGACCACGCAGGCCAGGCCAGCGCCGAACCGCAGAGUGCCGCCGACCAGGGUCGUCGACCCGACCUCAGAGCGUUCGCUUCGCUGCGGAACGGGGUCGGGCUCCGGGAGGAGGAAGAGGGAAAAUGGCGUGGCACGCUCGCAUCAAGGCCGCCCGCCGGAAACCCAAGCAGAACGGCUCGCAACGUAUCCCGGCCGGAGCAGCCACAGCGAGCGGAGGCGAAAGCGCCAUCUUCGGCAGCCUCGUCAGUCGAUGGCUAUGACUCCUUCGAGAACACGAAUAACAAGAAGAAGAGAAAGAUCCCCUCCGCAGGGGACUCCGCACUCAAUGGGGCCCAUGGCCUGAACAGCGAUCUAGGUUCCCUGCCCAUUUCGACGGGUGCCCACUUGCCGACGAACGAUGGCAAUGCGGAAAGGCUGCUGAAUAGCAUAGCCGGCUACGCCGCUUUUGGCCCCCAAAUUUCCAACAGCCAAGGCUUCUCGGGGCCUGGGAGGGGUAGGCUGGGACGCCCGCGGAACGGCAGAAGCCCUUUGCGAGCGCUGGCCGAUGGCAACGGUGCAUGGCCUGGGCGAAGCCCGAACCCCGAUGCAUCGCGGUGGCCACCAGAAGAAGAAGGGGCGGGUAUAAUAUCAAUGGCCAUCGCCAACGCCGAAAAGUUCCCUCGUCAAGGACAAGAGAACAUGAGCCUUUUGCAGCAACACUCCUCCAACACGCAGGCGGCGCAGGCAUCGACGCAGUUCACCUUCACUUGCGCCUCGCAGGUUCCGGGAACGGCCCAGUGGUCGGGUCAAAACCGGCACUCCAUGUCGGGUGAGGCCGCGUUGGCCGGAGGUAUCGCACCCGACGGCGUGCACGAUGACGCGAAUGCAAAGGCGACCCCGGGAAAGCCUGUCAACUCACGUCGGAAGUCUCGUCGACGACUGGAACGAGAACUCGAGCUGGCUGGUCGUCACCGCCGACAGAUGGCGACGGCAAGCUACUUUCGUCAGCCCCCGAGAGCAGAAGAUGUUUGGAUCUGCGAGUUUUGCGAGUACGAGCGUAUCUUUGGCGAGCCUCCCCGCGCGCUCAUCCGCGAUUACGAGAUCAAAGACCGACGACACCGCCAGGAUGAAGCCGACCGAAGGCGUUUGCUCGAGAAGGCCAAGGCGAAGAGUCGGAAGGGCAGGAAGAAUAGCAAGACACUUGCCAAGGCUGGCCACGCAACGCAGGACGCGGCCGAUCAAGGGCCUUCGGACACGGUUGGGCACGAAGGCGUUCCCUCAUCAGAGAACGUACACAGCCACUCGACACAGUCGGAAGGAACCGGGAACGAUGAUGGAGUUGUCGAUGACUACCUGGCCCCGCAACUGCCCGAGCGUCCACCGGCGGCAGGGGACGGGGACGGCGGAGGCGAAGGCGAAGGCGAAGGCGCAUCGUUGCGAGCUAGCCGGUAG